UUCGCUUGUGGACAAGAAUUAUAACUUCUCUGACCGCGCCAGGGGAGUGAGCGAGCGAGCGGCAUCCCUCUGAUUAAUUUCUUUUUUUUGUAAGAGCGAAGAUCCAAUCCAAUGCCCAGUUCCUCCUCGAUCGAUCCUUUUUUUUUCUGGAUUCUCCUGUAAAGAAAGAGAUCCCUCUCCAAUUUUUUUUCCCCCUUGUUCUUCGCCCGCAUUGUCUGCUCGCGCUUUGUUGUUGGAUGGAAUGGAUCAUCGCCCGGGGUGGAGGAGCUAGAAACAAAACAGUUAUAUACCUAAGCGAGCUGGCCCUGUGUUCUCGCUCCAGGAAUCGAGCACCCGAAGAGGCAGGGAACGCGCAGCGUUUUCGUUUUCGCGGCAUUGAUUGUGGGUCCUUUGCAGCUGUAUCCUUCCAGCGCAAUUAGGUCAGCCACCACUACAGGGAGGGGGAGAUGGAGGGAGCCCAGCAAAGCUCCUAGCUCCUAGCUCUUCCAUCCAUGGGCGUGACUUAGCCGCGGGCGAGAGCGAGCAACGAGGUAUAGAGAGAGUGAGGGCGCAUUUGGGAAGAAAGAAGGGAUCCUAGCCCAAGAUCAUGACGAGGAUCGUCCACUGCCCAGGAUGCAAGGAGCUGCUUGUCGAGCCCACGGCCGGGGUCACAAUCUACCAGUGUGGGAACUGCCUCACGGUCUUGAUCGCCAAGCAUGCCAGAUCUUCGCUCGCAGUCGCAGCCGAUCAAAAUCAAAACAACGCCGCCGCGGCCGCCGCUGCUGCCAAAGCUUCCACCCCUUCUCCUCCUCCUCCUCCGCCGCCGCUCUACAAGCACAGGGAGCGGCAGCCCAUCGCCAUUCCAAAUCCCAGCCCUCUUCCCGGGAAUCCACUCGACGCCUCGGCCUCGCCUUUGUACACGCCCAGGAAUGGGAUUGGCAGUGGUAGCGGGAGGAUGUCCUCGGCCGCGGCACCAGCACCAGCACCGGCAGCCAUAGACGAGGACAAUUCUUUGCUCCUCCAGGACAUGAGGAAGCUGGCCAGGGAAGCUUUCCCGGCACAAGUCCAAGCUCCGGAGGACGGCAAGAACGCCACCACAAGGCUAGCGAGCAGCAAUGGCAGCAGCGCCGGCAAUGGAGGAAGAAUGACGAGGCAGGAGCUGGACGAGUUCACGUUUCCCAGGCAAGCUCGCGACUUGGAUGCCAUGAGUGACUAUCACUCCACACUGGAAGAGCUCGAUUCGAGUGCUCAGUCGGACGAUCUUCGCCGGAAGUCGUGCGUUCAUGAUCUUCAUCCAGUGGAGGCUCCCACUUCCACUGCUGCCACUGAGACUGGAGAAGAUCUGCGCUGCAACGCGGCGGCGAGGAGGAGCAGGAACAGUAGCAGCUCGUCCGAUGCGUUGGGAGGACAUGAAGAAGAUCAUCAUCUGGCUAUGGUUGCCGUCACCCCCGGCCCCGCAGGGAACAAGAAGAAGAGAGCGUAUCCUCCACUCAACUCGCCUUACGUCGUGUGCCAACACUGUGACAAGCUGCUCGAGGUCCCUCGCUCGCUGCCACCCUCCAAGACGAGCGUCCAGAAGCUCCGGUGUGGAGCUUGCCACUCCAUCUCCAAGUUCGCACUCGCCGACGUCGAACACGAGAGGAAGCAGCAGCCAGGCAUUGUUCCCGUGGACUCUUUCGAUCGUUCCAGCGGCGGCUCGACGAUGAAGAACGCGUCAGGGAUCGAUCACAACAGGAAGAUGGACAUGGUGGCGAUGAUGAUGAGCUCCUCGAGCUCGCCAGUUCCAGGCUCGGCUCCAGCUUCGUAUCACGCAGCUCAUUUCCAUCUCCAAAAGCGCAUCACGGACAACAUCACCAGCAACAGCAAAGGCUACGAGUCGGCUCCCGAGUUCCAUCACGGCGCCUCCGCCUCCACUCCCUCAAGCCACGCCAGGACCAUCUCCGCGGGAUCCAGCUCCACCGUGCCGCUGGCGCCCUGUCUCCACGAGCUCUUCGGCUACGAAUCGCCAUCGCAGUUCCUCAAGGUGGCUGACAACAAGAGCACGAGGUCCUCCACAAAGUCUUCGUCGGAGACGAGCCCAAAGCCCAAAGCCGGGGGUGGCGGAAUUAAGGCGCUGCUUCUCAAGAGCAUCCAGGAGAUCAGCAAGCUCCAUUUUCAGCAGCAGCAUUACUCGGUUGUGACAAUCAACGGCGCAACCAUACCGGACGAGCUCGUGAGAAAGGCCGAGGAACUAGCUGGGCCGAUUCAUCCAGGAAACUAUUGGUAUGACUACCGUGCUGGGUUCUGGGGAGUGAUGGGAGGGCCGUGCAUCGGGAUAGUUCCUCCAUGCAUUGAGGAGUUCAAGCACCCGGCGAUGCCAGUAAACUGCGCGGGUGGCAAAACCGGAGUGGUGAUCAAUGGCCGAGAGUUACACCAGCAGGAUCUCCAGGUUCUCGUCAAGCGCGGCCUGCCUUCCACUCCAAACACUUCCUACACAAUCGACAUUGACGGUGUGGUGGUGGACUUGGCCACCGGGAAUGAGAUCAGGUGCCUGGGCAAGCUCGCUCCCUCGAUCGAGAAGCGAGGUGUCGGCUUUGGAAUGUUUCCCCUGUCUCGGGGAUUGACAUAGAGAGAACGAGGGUCCGUGUUGCUGACUUCUAACUCGUACAUAGACUCUGAGUUCCAGCGAGACUUUUUAGCGAAAGGUGAGAGUGACCUGGUUGAAAAUAGAGGAGAGAGCUUGUUGGUGUUUUUUUUUUUUUUUUUUUUUUGUCACGACUGACUCCAUACGAUCAAAACAGGGCUUUGAACUUAUUUUUUGUGGAGCAAGCCACGCACUACUACUUACAACAGAACGAGUGAAUAUUCGUGUGUA